AUGCCUCGAGGUCAGAAGAGUAAGCUCCGAGCCCAAGCAAAACGCCGCAAGGCCCGUAGUGAGAACCAGGGUCUAGGGACUGCUCAGGCCACUGAAACACAGGGAGAAGAGUCCACACCCUCUUCUUAUACUUUCUUUGAGAGUAGACCUCAAAAUAUUUCAAAUGCUGGCAUACUUGGAACUCCUAUGUUGCCUCAGGGAACCCCAUCCACCACCAAUAUCACUAAGGCAGAUGAUUCAAACAUGGAUUCAGAUGAAGAUGUCCAAAGCCAAGAUGAGGGAAGUUCAGAUUCCUGUCAGGUUACUGAGGGCUGGCGCAAAGACCCCUUAAACAAGAAAGUGGUUUUACUGGUACAGUUCCUAAUAGACAAAUAUCAAAAGAAAGAGCUGAUUACAAAGGCAGACAUGUUGAAGUAUGUUAUCAAAAAGUACAAGUAUCACUUCAAUGAGAUCCUCAGGAGAGCCUCUGAGCACAUGGAGCUGGCCUUUGGUGUUGACUUGAAGGAAGUUGAUCCUAUCAGGCACUACUAUGCUCUUGUUAGCAAACUAGACUACACCCUUGAUGGAACAAUGGGUCAUGAAGAGAACAUGCCCAAAAUGGGUCUCCUAAUGAUUGUACUGGGUGUGAUCUUCAUGAAAGGCAACUGUGCCUCUGAAGAGGAGAUCUGGAAGGUGCUGAAUAUGAUGGGUGUAUAUGCUGAUAGGAAGCACUUCAUCUAUGGGGAACCCAGGAAGGUCAUCACUGAAGAUUUGGUGCAGCUAAAGUAUCUGGAGUCCCAGCAGGUCCCCAACAGUGACCCUCCAUGUUAUGAAUUCAUGUGGGGACCAAGAGCCCAUGCUGAAACCAGCAAGAUGAAAAUCCUAGAGUUUUUGGCCAGAAUCCAUGAUACUACCCCCAAUGCCUUCCCAUCCUGGUAUGAAGAAGCUUUGAAAGAUGAGGAAGACAGAGCUCAAGCCAGAGUUGCAGCAAGGGCUCGCAAUACUGCUAUGGCCAGUUCACAUUCCAGGGCCAGGGAAAGGGCCAGCAGCUUCUCCCAUGCUAAAUGAAA